UUACCAAGGAGACGGCGUACAGGGCUGGAGACGGAGGGCGCAGCAGCUAACAGGCACCGGAGCCACCGGCAGCCGUUAAAUAUUUAAAUCAUCUUCUACGAUAAAAAUUAAAAUUUAAAGCCGGCCUCAGACUCGCGGGGCUCGGCCACACUCCGCUGUCUGUCGGCGGUUCGGAGCUACGUGGCUCGUUAGCAGCUUAGCAUGCUAACCGGCUAAUCUGAGAACCCUCCAGAACACCGCCCGGUCCGCCGCCUGCUGCCCGGUCCACCGCCUGCUGCCCGGUGCUCCGCCUGCUGCCCGGUCCGCUGUCUGCUGCCCGGUCUUCCUGCUGCCCGCCGCUCUGCUCUCCUGCCGGAAUGGACGCGAGCUAACAGCCGGGCUGGGACGCUCUGCCCCGGAUCUGAGGGUCUCCGUUCUCCAGUGGAGCCCAGCGGGUCUCCCCGGGGCACGGCAGAGCUCCAAGCCGCAGCACCAGCCCGGACUCCGGGAGAAGAUGAGGUGUGGAGGACCGGAGGGCCGAGCCGCAUCCCGAGUCCCGUUAGCCCGCCUUACCCAGGAUGGACGUGUGCAGUAGGAACCCUAACCGGACGGCUCCGGUGGGUGAGGAAGGUUGUGGUCGUGCAGAUGUUCCUCUGUGUUCUCGGACCAACGGCUGGUCAUGGCCUCCUCACCCCUUCCAGCUGCUAGCCUGGCUGCUCUACAUUUACUUCGCCGUCACCGGCUUCGGCGUGUUCGUCCCGCUGCUGCCGCCUCACUGGAUCCCUGCAGGCUACAUCUGUACCGGUGUCAUGUUCGUCUGUCACCUGUGUGUCCACUUCCUGGCUGUGUCCGUCGACCCGGCUGACCAUAACGUCAGAACCAGGAGCCACCAAGGCCCAGUCCCGGUGUUCGACCGCUCCAAGCACGCCCACGUCAUCGAGAACUGCCACUGCUACCUGUGCCAGGUGGACGUGGGACCCAAGUCGAAGCACUGCAGCGCCUGCAACAAAUGUGUAGCCGACUUCGACCAUCACUGCCGCUGGCUCAACAACUGUGUUGGCAGCAGGAACUACAAGUUGUUCCUCCACAGCGUGGUCUCGGCUUUGCUUGGAGUCUGUCUGGUUCUGGUUGUCUCCUCCUACGUCUUCAUUGAGUUCUUCAUGGACCCGUCCAAACUACGCACCGACAAACACUUCCUGGGUAGGAAUGAGACAGGUGUGUGGUUCGUCUUCCUACCUGUGGCUCCUCUGCGGUCGGCUGCAGCAGUGAUUCCUGUCCUGGCUGCCGUCACCAUCGCUCUGUCUCUGCUGUCGUCUGGGCUGCUCUGCCACCUGCUCUGCUUCCACAUCUACCUGAUGUGGAACAGACUCAGUACCUAUGAGUACAUUGUGCGUCAGCGCCACCGUGUGGACAGCAGAGACUCCAGGAAACCCAGAUCAGUGAGGGAGGCAGCAGCUGCUUUGGUCCUGAAGGACGUGAGCUACUCGGGGACUCUGGGUUAUACCAACUCUCAGCUGGACGUGCAGGAACCUACCACUGUGGCUGUGCGGGGGGAGGCAGAGUUCCUGGCUAACGGCAGAGUGAUCAGUGUGUCCAGUCCUGUCAUGGAGGAAGAAGCUCCGCCCACCCACUCUACAGAGAGGAAAGCAGCAACACACAGACAUACACAGAAGAAGAAGAAGAAGAAGAAAGUUCCUAGAGUCCCAGCAGAAGCCCCGCCCCCAGAACCCGUGUCCUCGGUGUCUCUGGGUCAGCGCCUUCCUUUCCCAGCAUUUCCUCUGAAGUCCUCCCUCCUGCCGCUGGCCCCCUCCGGCCCCGUCCAGGCCGCCGCCCCCCCCGCCGAGUACCACUCGGACUCGGCCGAGUCUCUGGAGGAGAUCCCGGUGGCGCUGGCCAAGCUGGGCUCCUCGGCGGGCGGAGACGCCUCCACGUCCUCGCAGCGGGCCCCGCCCUUCCCCCUGCCCUCCCCCCUGCCCAGAACUAAGAGGAAGGCCUCCCGCCCACACAGGGGCGCCGCCGAGCUCCGGUUCGAGAUGGCGUCCACGCAGCCGCCCUCCGUGUUCGUCAGCCGGGCCAGCGGGGAGGCAGCCGAGCCCCGGGACGAGGGCCUGAGCCUGGGCAGGAGGGCAGGGGGAAGGCCCCCGGGAGCAGCUGCUGCCUCCUGGAUGGAACGCUAACCUGUCCUCACCUGUUCUCACCUGAUCUCACCUGGUCUCACCUGUCCACUCUGAGGACUCUCAGGUGGAACCGAAGAUGGAACCGAAGGUGACUCCUGGAUGGAGCACUAACCUGAUCUCACCUGUCCUCACCUGAUCUCACCUGUUCCCACCUGUUUUCACCUGUUUUCUAUGUGAACUUCUGGACCUGAAGCGUCUCGGCCGUAAACCUGACGUGUGUUUAUGGAUGUUUGUGUGCCUGUUGCCGUGGAGACGCCACCUGUUGUUUUACUGUUUCCCCGUUAACAGCGCCUCUGCUGCGUCUCCAUGGUAACUGCAGCUGAGGCCGUGAUGUCAUCAGGUAACACCAACUUCCGGCAUGCACCUCACGUCUCUGUUUCCAUCACCUGGAAUAUUCAAACCAGCAAAUACAUGGAAACAGAAUAUUUCCUUUUAUGUGCACCAAUCACAGAGCUUCAUACUGUUGUUGUUAGCGUAGCGCCCCCCCACUGCCACACUGCAAACUGCAGCUCAGGACCCAAUCACGUUAAAGGAGCAGUUCAACAUUUAGCUUCUAACUGCUAGCUGCUGCUACUCAUUAAGCUAAGCUAACUGCUAGCUGCUUCCACUCAUUAAGCUAAGCCAACUGCUAGCUGCUUCCACUCAUUAAAUUAAGCUAAGCUAACUGCUAGCUGCUUCCACUCAUUAUGCUAAGCUAAGCUAACUGCUAGCUGCGUCCACUCAUUAAACUAAGCUAAGCUAACUGCUAGCUGCUUCCACUCAUUAUGCUAAGCUAAGCUAACUGCUAGCUACUUCCACUCUUUAUGCUAAGCUAAGCUAACUGUUAGCUGAGGAGCGUUCAGGUCAAACCAAACAUCUACCGCUUCUUCUGUUCAUCUGACAGCAGUUUAACCCCUGAACCCUGAAACACACCGCUGGGUCUGAAAGACUCAAUCUCUAAAAAACUCCAGAAUAACAAACCAGAGAGAAUCAUCAGUGAGUGAUGUUGUUUCAUUAAAAUCACUUUAUUCUACUGGUCUUAUUCAAAAAAAUAAAGAAAAUUAAAAUGUUGCGUUGAAUAAAAUAAAUGCAGCAGAAACAGAGAACAGAGGAGCUAGUUGUUGGAGAUCCAUCCAGCAUGGUGGAACAUCUACAGAUGAUGAGUAGAGGAGAGAGGAAACAUGGAGAUAGAAAAACAUCUAAUGAAUGAAGAGAUGGUAGGAGAAACCAGCUGGAGGUUCUGGAAGACAUUUCUAGAAAGCUGGUUUUUCCUGAAGCUCCUACCAUCACCUGGACCUGGAUGACUGAGAACCUCCAUAGAAGUCUGAGGAGACAACAUUAGUUCAGAGUUUAACAUCUGAGGAGACCUGGUGGUUCCUGGUUUUUAUGGUUUGUAAAACAAAUAAUCAAACAAAAUGUUCCUUUCUCUGGUUUCCACCACUAACGGUGUCAGAAGACGUCUCUGAGUUAUCUCCUUCUUCAUGAUGUUCUGGUUCCACAGAGCUGCAGGACUUUAGAUUAAAGAUGAACCAUGGUGAGUCAAAACAGAAACCAGAUGGGGUUCGGAGGGUUAAAGUGUCAUCUGCUCAGUUUUCAGUUUACUACAGUAAAAAUGUCAUCAUAGUUACAACUGGAAGUGUGUUGAUGGUAUCUGAUGACAUACAGAAGCACCUGGAGAUGGUUCUCUGAAUGUGAAACUGUUCCUUUAAGACCGUUCAUGAUGUGAGCGGCUGGACGAGUUCAGGAUGUUUGUUUCUACUUUCAGCUGAUCCAAACUGUUCAACAAUAAAACAUGAAAACUGA